AUGAGGUCGGAUCGUAUUUGGAUGUAUAACUAUAAACCAUCAUCAAAUCAACGAGAAUUCGUGGAUCAAUUUUUAAAUGACUUACUAGAGUUUAUGUCAUUUGCUACGAGUCAAUUUGCUUACAUGGAUGGUGACAAGAUUCAGUGUCCUUGUACUAAAUGUCGUAUUAAGAAAUUUAUUCCACCUAAUUUGUGUCAAACACACUUGAUUAAGUUUGGAUUCAUAGAUAAUUACUAUACAUGGAUUGCUCACGGGGAACCAAUUCAAAAUUCAAAAGUGUUCCAAUAUCCAAGGAAACGACCAUCACGUGUCAUGAAUGAAUGGAAUGAUCAACAAUUUGGAGGUUCAAAUGCAUAUGAGUCGAUGAUAUUUGAUAUUGUAUCCAGUUAUCAUGCCAAUACAGAAAAUAAAGGUUCAACUUCCAAUUCAAAUGACAUACAUAUUUUGUCUGAAAGAUUUUGGAAAGCAUUGAAUGCCGCACAUCAACCAAUUUGGCCAGGUCAUCCCACUGAGAGAAAAUUAUCAGCAACUGUUAAACUUCUUAAUAUCAAAUCUGAUAAUAAUUGGUCUGAGAGGGCUGUGAAUGAAAAUCUAGAUUUUAUUAAAUCUUUGUUGCCACAAGAAAAUGUUUUAUCAGAUAGCUUUUAUGGCAUGAAGAAGUUGGUUGAAGACUUGGGCUUACCCGUAGUAAAAAUUGAUGUUUGUAGAGAUGGGUGCAUGCUAUUUUGGAAGACCGAUAGUGAUGACGAAUUAUGCAAGUUUUGUGAACUUCCAAUGUAUAAGGGAAACGGUUAUAAACGUAAGCCAUAUAAACAACUUUUUUAUCUUCCAUUGACUCCAAGAUUGCAAAGGUUGUAUGCAUCAAACAUGACAGCCGCUCACAUGACAUGGCAUGCUCAUCAUUGUACUGAAGACGGGAUAAUGUGUCAUCCUUCAGAUGGAGAGGCGUGGAAGACGUUCGACCACCACUAUCCAGAUUUUGCAAGAGAGGGACGUAAUGUUCGAUUGGGUCUUUGUUCUGAUGGAUUUGCUCCGUUUGGUCAAUUUGGGAAACCUUACUCGUGUUGGCCUGUCAUUUUAACACACUACAGUCUUCCACUAGGUAUGUGCAUGAAAACACCUUAUAUGUUUAUUUCACUCAUUGUCCCGGGGCCUAAGUGUCCACAAAAAAAUAUAGAUAUCUACCUUCAACCACUAGUGGCAGAUUUGAAAAUUUUGUGGAGUCAAGGUGUGUCUACCUAUGAUGUAUCUCGAGGUGACACGUUUAAUAUGGGAGCAAUUGUGUUAUGGACUAUUAGUGACUUCCCGGCUUAUGGUAUGUUAUCUGGAUGGAGUACUCACAGAAUAGAUGGAUGUCCAAUUUGUAUGAAAAAAUCUAAAUCAUUUCGUUUGAAAUAUGGUCGAAAGCCAUGCUAUUUUGAUUCUCAUCGACAAUUUUUGCCCCAAGAUCAUCCCUACAGACUAGAUACACAACAUUUUGUUAAAAACAAGGCUGAAAUGAUGCAUCCACCGCAUAGGCUAAAUGGUAGCGAGAUUUGGGAUGAAAUUUCACAAUUUGAGUUUGUUAGUGAGAAUCCUCAUGGAUAUCCACCUGGUUUUGGGGAUUCUCAUAAAUGGACAAAGAAGAGUAUUUUCUGGGAGUUGCCAUAUUGGGAAAAAAUCCUUAUUCGACAUAACCUCGAUUUUAUGCAUGUGGAGAAGAAUGUAUUUGAAAACCUAAUAAAUACUAUUAUGAAUGUCAAGGGCAAGACAAAGGAUAACCUUAAUGCUCGAAAAGAUAUGUUCCUUAUUUGUAAUCGUCCGGAGCUUCAUAUUGAUCCAUCCAGUUCUUUUAAACGGACUAAUAAGGUUUCUCAAUCUAUUAAGAGGAAGGUCAAAAACAAAGCUCGAGUAGAGGCAUCAAUUUGUAAUGCAUAUAUUUUACAAGAAAUUUCAAUGUUUGCAUCUUAUUAUUUUGAAUCUAAUGUUCAAUGCAAACGACGAAUACCACAGAGGAAUACAGAAGGGUCACUCAACAAUAAAGAACCUCCAAUCUCCAUAUUCAAUUAUCUUGGACGUAGUAGUGGGGCUUCAACUAAAAGAUUUUUGGACAGUCAAGAAGCGUUGGUAGCUCACACAUACGUCUUAUUGAACUGUCCAGAGGUGGAUCCAUAUUACAAAUUGUUUUGUGAUUUGAACCAAGGAUUCUCAAUAGCUGAAAUAGAUCGUCAAUUCGCUUUUUGGUUCCGAUCUAAGGAAUAUAGUCCAGGCUGUAAUGAACCAAAUAAAUUAUUGUAUUAUUUGUCUUUUGGGCCCAAGACCCCUGCAUCUUCCUUUUCAAUAUACUUCGUGAAUGGAUUUGUGUGGCGACCUAAAGAUUAUGGAUCAAAUAAAUCAACAAUGAACAGUGGUGUUUGUGUACGUGCCCGUGAUGUAGAUUACUAUGGAUUGGUUGAUGAAAUAAUACAACUCGAAUAUCCUGGGCCAUGUCUAUGUGUUGUAUUAUUUAAGUGCUUGUGGUUUGAUCCUACACGAGGUACACGAGUUGACGAAACUUAUAGAAUUGUUGAAGUAAACAUGAAAAUGGUGUAUGCAAGUAUGAUUUAUGAGUUUGAAGAUGAAUAUGAUGAAAAUAAAUAUAAUGAGAGUCAAUUUGAAGAAAUUGAAUCAGAUGGAAGUGAAGUUGGAGACAGUGAAUCUGAUCCAAAUAUUGAAGAUGUUGGAAAUCAAUAUGAAUCUGGACAAGAUGAUGAUAUAUUUUGA